GUUAGAGGAUGACCUACGCAGCGGAAGACCUUCGACAUCCAGAACCGAAGAAAUUGUUGGAAAAGUGCGACAAGUGAUUUGAUAUGAUCGAAGAAUGACCAUCGCAGAGUUGGAGCAAGAAGUUGGUAUCUCACACAGAUCCAAUCAUGCCAUUUUGUCUGAUGAUUUGAAGAUGAGACGCAUCAGUGCGAAGUUUGUUCUGAGGCAGCUGACCACGGAUCAGAUGGAAUGUCACAUGAUGGUCCCUGGCGAUCUGUUUGACAAAAGUACGCAGGACCCAACAUUUCUCAAAGAUAUCAACACUGGUGAUGAGUCAUUGGUGUUCGCCUGCGACCCGGAGACGAAGAUGCAGUCAUCGGAGUGGCACACAGCGUCAUUUCCCCGUCCAAAAAAAUCACGCCUCAUCAGAUCCAAAGACAAAGUGAUGCUCAUUGCAUUCUUUGACAUCAACAGUUUGGUGCGUCAUGAGUUUGUACCGCCCAGACAGACUGUUACUGUUCUACAUGCAAGUUUUGCAGAGGUUGUGCGAUGCAUUUUGGAGGAAGCGGUGCGACAAGUGGCAGCGACAGUGGUUUCUGCAUCACGAUAACACACCAAGCCACACGUCGCUUGUUGUGCAGCAAUUCAUCGCCGAGAAAAACAUUCCUGUCAUCACUCAACCACCGUACUCUCCGGAUCUCGCUCCAAGUGACUUGGUUGUUCCCUACUCUGAAAAUGGGCCUCAAGGGGACACAUUUUGCAACCAUGGAGGAUAUCAAAUCGAAUGCAAUGGCUGAGCUCCAGAAGAUUCCAAAAGAAGCCUUCCACCGCUGCUUCCAACAAUGGCAGGAUCGAUGGAGCAAGUGUGU